CCCUGGUCUAAUAGGAUGAAAGACCCUCAACAUUACCCAACAAUCAAUCAAGGUUGCCACGGUAACCGGGCCCUGUUGCCUAGUAACAGAGCCCUCCUCUUCAUCUUUACUCACAACGCGCAUGCGCGCUGCAGUCAGCUGGGCACCGAGGAAAGCAGCAUCAUGGCGGCGUCCGCUAGUAGCGUGCAGUGUGUUUUACGGAAAGUGAUGGUCCCGUCGUUGGUGGUGAUUUUGGGAGCUACCGGUACCGGGAAGUCCAAGCUGGCGAUCGAGCUCGGGAGACGGUAUCGGGGAGAAAUAAUCAGCGCCGACUCCAUGCAGGUGUACAAAGGCCUCGACAUCAUCACCAAUAAGGUGACGGCUGAGGAGCUCGUACAGUGCAGACAUCACAUGAUCAGCUUUGUGGACCCGAUUGUCACCGGCUACACGGUGGUGGACUUCAGGAACAAAGCCCUGCCUCUAAUAGAUGACAUGCACAGCAGAAACAUCCUGCCAGUUAUUGUAGGAGGAACAAACUAUUACAUUGAGGCUCUGCUGUGGAGAGUCCUGCUGGGUAAAGAGGAGAAGGAGCUAUCGGACGGAGAAGAUGGGUCUCUAUACAGGAGGCAAGAGCUGCAGAAACUGGGAGGACCCGAGUUACACAAACGACUGGCGGAGGUUGACCCCAAAAUGGCUGCCAUGUUGCACCCCAAUGACAAACGCAAGAUAGCCAGGAGUCUUCAAAUCCAUGAGGAGAUGGGCGUCACCCAGAGCUGCUUGCUUGAGGAGCAAAUGGGGCAGGAGGGAGGGGAUGUGCUGGGGGGGCCGCUGAGAUUCUCAGACCCCUGCAUCUUCUGGCUGCAUAGUGACAUGGAAGUUCUAAACAAGCGGUUGGAUGCUCGUGUAGAUGAGAUGUUAUCUGCUGGUCUUAUAGAGGAGCUCAGAGACUUCCAUGUUCGCUACAAUCAGCAGAAAGUCCAGGAUGACAGUCAGACCUAUGAACAAGGGAUAUUCCAGUCGAUUGGUUUUAAGGAGUUCCAUGAGUACCUGACCGCUCCUGAAAGCAGCACCCAGCAGGAGAGAGACUCACUACGAGACAAAGGAAUAGAAGCUUUGAAGAUUGCUACGAGGCGCUACGCCCGCAGACAGAAUACACGGGUCCGUAACAACUUCCUUAAACGACCAGGGGACAACGUGCCAGCGGUCUAUGGCCUGGAUGUGACGGACUUGUUGAAGUGGGAGGAGUCGGUGCUGAACCCUGCACUGCAGAUACUGGACAGUCUCAGCAAGGGUGAGAAGCCAACUAUUCAGCCAAUCAGCGUGCUGGGGACGGAGAAGAGGAACAAACGGAGCCGACAUGUGUGCGAUCUGUGUGACAAGCUGAUCAUCGGGGAGGUGGAGUGGACAGUUCACCUGAAAUCCAAAAAGCAUCACCAUCACGUGAGGAAGAAGAGGAAGUUGGAUCCAGCUUGUGACCAAUUCCAGAUUCCCUCUGCACCUCCUGCCUCUGCACCUCCUGCCUCUGCACCUCCUGCCUCUGCACCUCCUGCCUCUGCACCUCCUGUCUCUGCACCUCCUGCCUCUGCACCUCCUGCAGAAAGCGUCUCAGAGGACUCUUGUGCUACUGUUGCCCCGGGCUGCACUGAAACCUCUCAGGAGUCUUCCCAAGACACCGGGACGACACACAAGGAAAUACCUGUGACUUUAUAAGAGUGACUCUGGACUUCGUACGUCUUCAUUCAGGUUCCCACCACUGUUCUGCUCUAACAGCUGUUUCCUUGCAGUCCUUAUAUGGCGACACUUUUUCCUCCCAAUUGAACAGUAUCUUCUCUUUGAUCCUCUGGAGUGCUGGAAUGGGAUGACUUUCUCAGUAGAUACAGGAAGUAGUAGUAACACUGAAUGGAUAGAAUUAACCCUAUUUGAAAUACCGCAAAAAUAUGUUUUUACUUUCAUCCGCUCAUAGACUCAAAGUACGGUCUCUUGAAGCGGUUCAUUAUUGUGGUAGUGAUGUUGAUGCUCAGGACGAUUCAACAUUGUGGACUCAAAAGGAUAACCAAGACUUUUGCCGUGUGCCGCCAAAGGACUUUAAUUUUUAAGGACUUUUUCCCGCCGCCUGUUGUUGUUAUAGGAAUAUUUUUUAUAUUUUAAAUGGAAGUGGCCAUUUUUUCCAUUUCCAAUGUGUUUAGCAAAUGAGUAGUUAAGUUCCUUUGCCUCAUCUUUGCUUAACCACGGUGCACAUUUAACUUCAUUCACUUGGUUUCUAAAAAUGUUCAAUAAACCAAAGUGAUUUAAAGUUUCUUAAUGCAGGAUGAUGUGUUUUGUACAGGAAAAGUGAGGUGCCUUAAAGCUGCAUUCUCUCUAAUCUCCAGCAGGGGGCGACUCCACUGGUUGCAGAAACAAGUCUGAUGUAUAGAAGUCUAUGAGAAAAUGUCCCGACUUCUCACUUGAUUAUUUACAUUAGUAAACAUUUUCCUAAUGAGUUACAUUCUCAAUCACUAGUUUCAAGUCUUCUUCAAUACAACAUGAUGUUCAUUUUUUUAAAUGUUUGUCCCAUUUCGAGUAAAACAGACGAUAAAGUAAGCUAUGCUUUAGCGCGGGGCUACCUUGGGAUUGACCUUGGGUGUUAUCUCUGUUUUGGUCUUACAACUUUAACACUUUAUUCAGUUCUUUUAAAGUUAAUUGUAACAUUUUUGACGCCUACAAAAUUUCGGUAUUCUUUAAGCAUUCAGUUGUACUUAUCUCCACCCUCUCGUCUCGCGUCCGAUUCCAAAGAAACCAAGAUGGAGACGGCCAAAAACGGCAAACUCAAUGCUUUUCCACAAACCAAUGUGUGACGUCACGGUGACUGCGUCCACUUUUGUAUCACUCAAGUGAAAAAUUUACAACAUUUGUAUUUGAGAGAUUCAGCGUGAGUUGUAUCUUUACCUCAGUCAUGCUUACACAGCACAACAUGUUUUCAUUAAACACACUUUGCUAGCUCUUUGUGUGAUAAUGACUCGGCACCUGAUUUGUGCCGUCGUUCCGCUCUGACAGUAGUAUAUUUGGCCGGCUCAGGCUGUGAUGAGAGGCUGUUUUCACAGCAGUGUUUGCCGUGUCUUUGUUUAUCUAGCGGCUUGUUGUACCCCUUUCAAACCAAGGUGUGCCUGCCUGCUGCCAAACUUACACAAUACCUGGCAUCGCUCCAGAGGCCUCGAUCGGUGCUCCCUUUCCCUCUCCUUACCUGCCACUUUUUUUCUUCUCACACCCCCCCUCCCUUCCUCAGAAUCAGACAAUUGUUCAACAUUCCCGGCCUACACUCCAUCAUCUCUGUGUUCAAGUUUUCAGCGCGAAUCUUAGACGUAUUCUUUCAGUACCCAGUUUUGUUCACAGGCUCCCAGUGUUUGACCUCAUCCACAGGACUAAAAAUAUUUCCAGCCAUAUAAUAGCUGGAAAUGUGUGUGUACGUGUAUGUGUGUCCCACAUUCCCUCUUUCCAAACUGGGUCAGGCCUGAAGCUUACUGGGGCUUACCAUACAGUAUGUUGCCACAGUGAUAGCAAAGGUCACCGUGCAACUGGUGUCUGUUUUUAUCCUUUCUGUGUUUGUGUUCUGUUUGGUUUUUCUUUCUGUUGUGACAUUUUUAAAUCAGACUUACAACUGCUUUGUUUUCUUUGUUUGUUUUCUCUCAUAUGUGUAAUUACAGAAACGGAAACAAUGAGAGCGAUGUUUGGAAUAAGAGACAUUCUUAUCAUGAGUCAUCGGAUACACUUUUUUAAAACCCUUCAUGUGUGGUAUGCUCUUAUCUCGAGUGUUUCAGCGAGUCUGGCCCGGCACCUCCAGGCACUGCUGAAU